AUUGUGUUGUAUGUGUGGUGACAGUUAUUCUUGUUCAUUCCCGCCUUUACAAACAUCCCUCCCCUCCCGCCUGAGGGUCCUUUUAAACUCUCCAUCUCAUCUCCAUCUCCAUCUCCAUCUCCACCCCCACGCGCAUACUCCCGUCCCGUUAUAUGACAACCUGGCGGUGAAAUCUGUGCCAUUGCAAUGAAUGCGACAAUAAACUGGUUAUAUUCAUGGAUAUCUGCAAGUCAAUCAGGAGAGGCGGCAUUGGCGGCGCCCUCGUCAGCCAGUGCACACUCAACAAUAUCCGACACCAAUGAGAAACCUAACAAAAACCCCUACGACGCCAUUCUCGAUGAAAACCAACACGACCCUAUCAAGAUCCAGAGAUUCUGUGAGAAUCAACGAACAAGUCGAAAUGCGAAAUUCCGCACACAAAUUCUGGACCCUCGUUUCCAGGGUUUCAAACGAGAUGAAGUCCUGUUCAAUUUGAUUAAUGUACCUGGGUUUACGGAUCCAAGAAAUAAUCUAUGUGUGUGGGCUCGACCGACGCGGAAAAUCAUGGAUUUGGUGUUGACGUGCCAGGAGGAAUUGAGGAGGAUGAGCCCUAGCAUAUGGCUAAUGCCACCUGACUGUCUACAUAUGACGGUAUUGGAAAUAGCUCAAUCCCUGACUCCCCAAGAGCUGCAAGCCGUGGAAAACACCAUCUCUCCAGCCGUUACCACCCUUGCAUCCUACCACAUGACUCACCGCACUCGACUGGUGAAACCAAAGCUAUCGUACGACGAUGCCGCCAUUGCAUUGACUUUUGUGCCUGCGGCAGGUGAGCCAACAAAUAUCGUAUCGGUUGAGGAUUCGAAAAGCGACGUCUGUAACGAUGAGUACACGUAUCUGCAUCUACGGCGCGACUUGAUCCGUGUUUGUCAUGCUAAGGGUGUGCAAAUCGGAGCUAGGUACGCAACCACGAGUUGUCAUUUGACGAUCGCGAGGUUUCUUGGCGACGAGGACUUUGCCGCGAAGAAGGCGUCGCAUUCACAAGGAGAGGGACGGCUGGAUCACGAGAAAGUGGUGAACUGGGUGGAGAUGCUUGAUGCUAUCAAUGUGAGGCUGGAGAGGGAGUUUUGGCCAAAGGUUGGUCGAGUUAUGCCAUUUGGUGCUGGAGAAUGGUUGGUUGGUAGUGAGAGAGGUUUGGAUGUGAGGAGAGGUCGGCUGUGGUAUGGUGGUGGAGAGACUUGGGAAGCUGGUGAUGGGUUUUAAAGUCAUUCGAAGACUCAAGGGCUUUCUUUGGACGAGCAUGUUUGGGUGUCGUUGUUUCUUUCAUCUCGGGUUUGAUUCACAGCACGGGGUUUGAUGGGAAGGAUCAGGGAACAAACAGUCAAGUCAAGCGGCACGCUUGUACUUUCGGAGCACCUCAAUGGCGCCGCAGGGAAUUAGAAUUGUAACCUAGGCCAGCCUGAUUUUAGAAAUAUGCACACAUUAUCUGCGACGUGAG